CGAGCGUGUUACGUGUGAUGACGUUGUUUUCCUAAAAUACAAAUUUUACGAACGAAUAAAAUGAAUUUUAUCGAUAAUUUAACUUAAAAAGUAAUAAUUAUACCAAACCUUUUCUUAAAAACAAACAAUUACACCCUUAUUUUUAUAAACAGAAGACAUUACAAAAAUAUGGAUCCCUUCAUUAUUGCUGCAAUAAUAAGUGCUAUUGUGAUAAUUAUUCUAUCUAUUGCCUUCCUGAGAGUGUCACAAGUUAAACCACAAGGUGGAGGCAGGCCUAGGGCCGUAGCUCAGAGAGAUGGAGGGCCAGGGAGAGUGGCCGCUGUGCGAAAUCAACGAGCUCGGAUGAGAGCUAAUGCGGCAAGACAUCAAGCUGCUUUAAUAGAGGAAGAACCGGGCGCUGCUGAUGAUAUUGAGGAUGAAGAAGUCCAGGACAACCAGAAAGUGGAAUUUGAUGACAAAAUGGGAGCUAAGAAAAGAGCAAAACUAGAGGCAAAGAUGGAGAAACAGAAAGCCAGAGAAGCGGAGGUACAACUUCGUGAAAUAAAGAAGAAACGAGAGGAGGAACAGGAGGAAGAGAGAAGGAAGAUUGAGGAAAAGAGAGAGGAGGAAGAAAGAAAAACAGAAGAAUUGGCUAAAAAGGCCGAAGAAGAGAAGAAAAGACGCGAACAAGAAGAGUAUGAAGCCUUGAAAGCAGCUUUUACUGUUGAAGGGGAAGGCUUUGAUGAAAACGAACAGGAGGACCAAGAUAACCAGUUGAAAAACUUCAUCAACUACAUAAAGGAGCAAAAAGUUGUAAUACUUGAGGAUUUAGCAGCACACUUUAAAAUGAAAACACAAGCUGUGAUUGACAGAAUUUCAGAGUUACAAGCUUCAGGAGACCUUACCGGUGUGAUAGAUGACAGAGGGAAAUUCAUUUAUAUUUCACAGAAGGAAUUAGAAGAUGUUGCUAAAUUUAUUAAACAGAGAGGCAGGGUAUCUAUUGCAGAGUUAGCAGAAAGCAGCAAUGAACUUAUAAACCUCAACCCCGUUACAAUUGCACAGGCAUAAACUUAUUUUUAUAGAUGUUGAUAU